AAAUAAAUAAAUAAAAAAUAUAUAAAAAUUAUUAAGUUAAUAAUAAAAUUGCCUAAGAAUGAAUAUCUUUACCUUUCAAAGGAACAUUUUUUUUAUAUUUUUCAAAAAGAUAAUUAUGAAUAAUUCUGCUUAUGGCAAAUAGGUUGUUUUAAACCAUUUCAUUAUCUGGCUGCACGGUCUAGAGAGGUCGUCUUGUCAGUUCUUAGAUUAUAUCGAGAAAUACGUCAGAGGGACAUUAUAAUGCAGAGGGACAUAUAUACAUAUAUAUGUUCUUGAUCAGUAUCAUGCUAUGAAUAAAUUUGUCUCUACUCGUCUAUCAAUUUAUCAGUUUAAAAAGUGCACGAUUCGCCUAUGAAUCGGAAACGAAGAACAAUUGAAAAUAUUUUAAAAAACCAAUUACUUCAAAGUAGAUUCUAUCAAAAAGUACAGGAAACUGUCGAAAAUAGAACACAUUUUUUAAUUCAUUAUUAAGUGUGACGAUGUGAAGAUUUCUCUGCUUCGAUAGCCAUUUGCCGGAAUAGCGUCUCUCUUUGUAACGAGGAAAGCAAAAAAUAAACUAACAAAGGGAUAGCUUUCCCGGUGAAUUCAAUGAGGGAUAAAUGGUUUUAGCAUUUUCGCCUUAAGGUUACGCGGCACAAGAAUAAACAAAAUUAAUUUCAUUGGGAACAAGGCGAACUGUCGCUUUUUUAUGACAAGAAAAAAAAAAAAUAACAAUGUCAAACUUCAAGAUAUCGUAAAACGGAUUCAUGAUAAGUAGUAUUGCUUUGCAAUGUGCUACUUAUUCGAUAUACUUUGGCGGCCGUGCGUGAAGACACUAAUUGGUACACAUAGGUCUUACACUUUCCUUGAAAGCAAGUAAAAAGACAUCAUUGCUGGUUUCUUCCUAUAAUUGUAGCGAUUUCAUUCAACAACAUUUGCUUUAGAAGGAAAGGAAGAUCUGAAACCCCAAGAUGGACCACACACAACGAAUAUAGUUAUAGUAAACAAGCUAAUGCACAGGUGGCUAGGGAAACUCACUUCUUUAUUAUUAGCAAAUUACUUUACUAUCAAAUCCAAAGACUAAAUUUGUUAAUAUCGCUUAAUACUGAUAUUUAAAAAGACACUAGUCCGAUGCUUUUCUUGACAAAAUACCGUCGAAAGAUUUCUAAAAAAAAAUUCCAUAAUUUGACCCACCAAUUCCUCGGGUCCGUUUAUUGGCACUUGCAUAAUUUAUAAAAAGCUUUAUCAUUUAUUAUAAAAAUAGUAAUAAUAGUAAUAAUAAUAAUUAUGAUAAUUAUAUAUAAUUUUAUACUUGGUGUAGACAGACGUUAUUUAAGAUUUGCUUUAAAAUGGAUAAUUCUUGUAUUGGUUUGGUUCCUCUUUGAUGAAAAAACUUUUGAAGAAAAUUUUAAAAUAAAUUCUUUAAACGACAGUUAACACGAACAACGAUAAAAAAAAAAAAGAUUAACUUUUUUUUUUAAACUACUCAUGCUGGACUUAAAGCACGCGCUUCUAAUUAUUGUGCCGUCAUCGUCUUUAACAAAAUUACAACAACGACAACAAUAACAACAACAACAACAAUAAGAACAACAACAUCUCUAACCUCAACCCGAAUCCCAAUAAACAUCAGUUGUAACCAUACAGUAGAGUCUGCGACAAUAAUAGAAACAAAAAGCAAAAAAAAAAAAACAUAACAACAACAAAAACUUGCUAAACAUAGUUACUGCAAGAUUUUUAAAUGAAUAAAAAUACAAAAACAAAAAAGCAAACAUGCGCAAAAAAGGCGACAUUCCUGUUUUCUUACAAUUCAUUGAAUUUUUAGGGUAAAGGAAAGAAGAAAAAAAACUCUAACAUCCAAUCGAAUCAAAAUUGAUUCGCAACCACAAACGCCAUUCAUAUGCUUGGCGUUAUAUAUUAAACACAUUAUUGAAACAGAAGUUUAAUCGAAGCGAAAACAAAAAAAAAAAAAAAAAUUAAAUAAAUAAAGCAACGAAAAACUAUUCGUACUGCCAACAAUCAGAUGGAGUUAAUUAUCAUAUUUGCCGCGUAUGUAUGACAAUAACUACGAACACGGCUCUGACAUCAUUACCAUCAAUAAUUAAAACUAAAAACCAUACUGUGAUAUCAAAAACCAAAAGAUGAAGUCGUUAACCUUCAACUUGUUUGCAAUUUCUAUACCGCUACUUUUGGUAGCAAACUCAUCAUAUUCAACGUCAUUGCUAGCAACACCCUCGGCCACAGUACAUAAAAGAACCACACCAUCGCAUACUACCACAACAGCAGCACCAUCAUUGAAAGCACCGAAAUUGCAAGUGCGACGUCAUACAAUUCCAUCGUCCUCAGCUGCUAGCACAAGUUCACCAACACUGGUAACAGCCAGCAGGCAACGUCAACGAGCAAAUACCUCCACCACUAUGAGAAAACCUAUUUUAGCGGAAGCAACCACAUUAGCAUCUACAAGGCUAGUGAGGCGUGCAGAUACCACAACACAAGCCAAUGCUAAAACACGAAAUUUGCGGCAAAAUCGUAGCUUUCAAAGUGCAAUAUCAUCUGCUUCAACAAGCAAUACUAACGAUGGAUUCAUGUCUGCAUCACGUAAACAUAAAACCAAUGAACGACGUCAUCAACUACGCCAACAACCACUAGCAAUAACGGACGACAGCAUCAUAACAAAUUCAACUGUAGUUAACCCCUCGAACAGUCAUCGACAGACGAAGAAUACCUUUUUACCAGCAAUAUAUAAAGCAAGCGAUAUGACAACAACGAAACCAAUGAAGAUUGAGCAUAAUCAGCAAAUCCAAAAAACGCCUCGCAUGAUUCAACGCUUAGUUGCUGGUCAUAUACAAAACUCCCAGGGACGUUCGUCGUAUGAAAUAUCGGCCAUAACUACAAAUAGUACUACAAGUAAAACUACAACAGCAACAACAGAGUCGAAACCCUCUGCGGCAACUUUUCGACGACGACCAAUGGUUAACGUUUAUACUCACAAGCAGCAACAACAACAACAACAACCAAAGGCAGCUGUUAAUCUAGGAACAACUGCGGCUACUAUUACGACAACAACAAAGAAACCCGUAAUUUCACAAAACACUAUAAAACAUUCCGCAUACGAUGACCGCGAUUAUGAUGAGGCGCUGCUUAACGAUUCUGAAGAUUUUGAUAAUUGGGAUCACGGCAUCUUACGUCUAAGUGCUGGAUCUGGCAAAGAACAUGCAGGUAAAUCUAAAAAAUCAAAGGAAGAUUCGAAGAAAACCUUAGCCGACCAAGUUAGGGACGGUAAAUAUGGAUUGAUUGAAAAGGAAUUGUUCCGAAAGCCCCCAAAGAGACCUGGUGUGUUAAGCUAUUUGCCAAAUAAAGAGGUACCCCAUGAUAACGAACGAAAUUUUGGCGGUUUAAAUGAAGAAGACAUAUGGCUGGCAGAAGAUCACUUAUUAGUUAUUAAAGGAGGCAGCUUAAACGAAGAUAAUCCGGAGGAACCUUGGCCACCGAUAGAUGAUUACGUAGCACCUGGACGGCAAAUAAAGAUAGCAGCUAAUCCCAAAAUUCCGCCACCAUUUCCUGUCCAACUCGAAGAGAACGGCCCCGUACAGCUUAUCGGAAAUAAUAAACUCACGGUCGUCUAUCCGAUCGCUAACGAAUCGUUAUCCAUUUAUUCCGUCGGCAAGGAAACCUACAACAAGGUGUCCGAAAGUGACAGUGACGACGAGAAAAAUUUUAUUGCCCGGCCGGGAACGUUUGAAGAUGCUAAAGAAAACGAGCCUUCGUACAACUACCACGACCCGCCGCCGUGGCUCUAUCACAACCAAACAUUUGUCAAUCCGUCACUAAACAGGCCUCGCCCAGUGAGUUUUCCUUAUUUGGGUCCCUUUCUUUUUGGACGCAAUGGUUCUUUAGAUAAUAUCAACAAUACCGAAGAUUUUGAUGAGGACGACCCGUCGCUUUAUUAUCCACCAGCCUACAGCUUUGUAUAUAAAAGCAAUUACACGAAUCCCGUACUUCCAGGCCCUCUUGUACCAGGUAUAGUGGUGCCACCACCUCCCAACCAUUUUAGCCGCCUUGACAAAGCCACCAAGGAGCGUAAAACUUACACAACUACUUCAUCCCCUCCGACGUAUCGAUACAGAGUGCAUGGUGUUACAUCGUUAAGUACAACAAGCACCACUUCCACAACUACAACUACUGCACCGGAACCUUCGCAAGUACCAUUUAGACACGCUAUUACUAAAAUUUCGGAGUACACACCUAAAACUAUUAAUAUCGUUAGUCCAAGACCCAAGCCAAACAUAUACAAUAGUCUGUCAUCAAGUCGUUUACCAUCUACACCACCAUCUACGCCCUCACCUCAACUCGUUGAACCUGUACCAGUGCCUGUAGCCGUCCCUAUACCUAUCUACCCUGUUAAUUAUGAACCAACGUCUCGUCCUAUCGUUACUUUUGUGCCGACAACGCCUGAAACAAAUGAUGUUGACACCGUUUCCAAAGGAAAUCCAAUAUAUUAUGAGUAUUUCGAAGCAAAACGUCAACCUACGGUAUCUAAUGUUAUUGAAGAUUUUAUUUCAACCACUUCGAAACCUUCAUCGUUUAGAAAUCCUGUGAAAUUAUACGCGACCCAAAAAAGGCCCUACAAGCAAUUAAAUCAUCACCGUAAUUAUCAGCAAACUGUAACAUCCAAUCGCCCUUAUGAUCACUUGGAAGAGAAUGUAGUUGUUAUUACGCCGAAACCAGACGUACGCUACAAUAUGAGACCUUUUUAUAGAGUGCGGCCUCUAACGAACUUUGAGCAAGAAGUUGACACAUUGCGGGACGCUUUACGUUUCUAUCAAAGUCAAGAAUUACGCGAUAAUAGCAUACCUAGAACACCUAAAGCAAAAGCGGUAUUUGAUUAUAAUUUUGAUGGAUCUAAAUCUGGGCAAAUUAAUGGUCGAAAUAAGUUUCAACCACCGUCAGCGUUUGAUGAUGAACCGUUUAAGCCAAUGGUAACUUAUAGCCCUCAAUCAAAUGAUGACAAUGCUUUCCAAGCUUUAAGAGCAGAAAAAACUGAUUCACAAAGAAACAUCGAAUCUAAGUAUCCAUCCACGACACUGUUACCUGGGCCACCGCAAAGCCGAACUAAGAAACUAAGACUAAGAGCUAAGUAUUUGCAGCAACCUGCUGCGGCUAAUUAUCAACAACAUACGAACGUAGAAUAUGGAAAUGAGCUUCGGCAACCCAUUUGGGUUGCUGUCAAUAAACAAGAACUUCACGAAUACACGGAUCACGAUUUCCAAGCGCCGAACGAACGACAGCCAGAUGCAUUACAAGUACCUGUACCAUUUUUAAAUACAAGAACUAGGGACUUUCCCGGUUAUUAUUAUAAUUCUAAUAGCCAACAGCAGCAGCAACAACAAUCAGUUCGUCAAAAUAAUAGAUUCUAUGAAGAGCCUUUCCACCAAAUACCCAAUCGAAAAUUUGUUGGUUUUAGAGGACAACAACCAAUAGCACAAACCCACGGACCCGUUUGGAGCUUAGAAAAUGAUACAUAUGUUAACUACGCAUCGAACAGACCACCCGUUAAUCCAGAUGCGGAAUUUAUUAACCCCUAUCAGGGUAAUUUACCAUACCAAGGGCAAAGAUUGCCUUCAAUACCAGCUCCUGCCUUUUCACAUCAAUCCCAGUAUUUUACUUCGCAACAACAACAUCGACUACCGCCCAGACACUAUCAAUUACAGUCUGCACCACCAUCAGCAUUGUUGCCACAACAACAACCUCAACAGGUACCAUUACAUCGCGAUAUACUAGUGAAUUAUCGACAACCGCUACCACCCAUAAAUCCUGACAGCGAAUACAUAUCACAUCCGCAGGUGGUGAGAAAUCAAGCGAAGCAAAUAUUUCGACCUACGAAUUAUCGUUUGCAGCCGCCAAACCUUCCAUCCAUUCCAGCUAACGCAAAUAGUGAUGUUUACUAUUUAACACCCAAAUAUCGUCGUGCCAAUAGCAAUAAUAAUAAUAAUAAUAAUAAUAGUAAUAGUGAUAAUAAUAACCACAAUAACAACAACAGCAACAGUAAGGCGAACAAGAGCAAUGAUAAUAACAAUCACAAUCAAAAUUUAAACAAUCAAAACAACAACAGCGACAACAACGGUAAUUCUAAUGGUAAUUUUGGCAAAUAAUGCAAAGAUUUGUGUAUUAGGAAUCAUUCAGUCAUUUAAAGUCGAAGAUGAUAUUUAAAAAUGCAUUCAAAACUUUUAAAGUAUCCAUAUUAUUAGCAACAAAUUUUUUUCUUUAACGGCUU